CCAAGACCCAAUAGUCUAUACUUAUAUCUGGCGCAAAAUGUUAAAAUUGUUUCUUCUAUUAACAUCUUCUAUAGCUUGCACUUUGGGUGCUUUUGUGCCUGAGGGUCUAUUGCCUCAAUUGGAUGGUCGUAUUGUGGGAGGCUCUGCUACCAGCAUUUCUUCUUUCCCUUGGCAAAUUUCUCUCCAACGUUCUGGAUCUCAUUCCUGUGGUGGUUCUAUAUAUAAUAAUCAAAUCAUAGUGACUGCUGCUCAUUGUUUGCAAUCUGUUUCUACUUCGGUGUUGAAAGUAAGAGCUGGUUCUUCAUUCUGGAGUUCGGGCGGUGUUUUGCUGAGUGUUGCUGAAUUUAAGAAUCAUGAAGGUUAUGAUCCCGAUACCAUGAUUAAUGAUAUUGCAGUGAUACGUUUGAGUUCCACCUUGACCAUGUCUUCCACCAUUAAGCCGAUUGCUUUGGCUUCCUCAGCACCUGCUAAUGGCGCUGCUGCUACUGUUUCCGGUUGGGGUACUACUGCCUCGGGUUCAGUUUCUUUACCCACACAAUUACGUUAUGUUGAGGUUAAAAUUCUUAGCCACAAUCAAUGUGCCUCUUCAACUUAUGGUUAUGGUUCGGAAAUUAAGUCGAGCAUGAUUUGUGCUUAUACUGUGGGUAAGGAUUCUUGUCAAGGUGAUUCGGGUGGUCCCUUGGUUUCGGGUGGUGUAUUAGUUGGUGUUGUUUCUUGGGGUUAUGGUUGUGCUUUCUCUAAUUAUCCCGGUGUAUAUGCUGAUGUUGCUGCUCUUAACUCUUGGGUUGUAAGUGCUGCUACAUCUGUUUAAAAUUGGACUUGAAUAAAUAUUGUUUUUAAGAUGGAAA